UAAAUUAUUAAUGUUAAAGGAAGACAUUUGGAAUACAUGCUUUUCAACAAGUGUUAAGUUUGCCGGACAAAAUGAGUUCUGUGGUAAAUCUAGUGAUUUUCGCGAUACUAUGGCAAAAGGCACUGUUGCAGCCCAUUAAUGACCCAACAACAACAACAAUCCCGGAGCACCUUGUACAAAUGGGCCAACUUCUACAAGACAUCCCUCAAGGGUCCCCCGAGAUCAAAACCUUGAAUCUCGCAUACAACCAAAUCUCAGCCCUUUCCGAAACCAUUUUCUCCAACAAAACCUACAAAUCGCUCACCAAAAUCGAACUAAACCAAAAUCGAAUCAGCGAAAUCCACGCAACGGCCUUCCGAGGCCUAAAACAACUAACAACAGUCAUUUUAUCAGACAACAAUAUCACUUCUUUGGAUCCCUGGACCUUCAAAAACAACCACAAACUGGAAAGACUGGAAAUUUCGCGAAAUAAGAUUCAUUUCACCAAACAAACUGUGUUUCUAGUGUCGAAUACAAUACAAACAUUAAUUGUGUCCCAUAAUCGAAUCGACGAAAUCUCCGAAUUCACGUUUAUAGGACUACCGAAUUUGAAGAAUCUAAUUCUAGAUGGUAACACUCUAAACACUCUAGCCCCCAAGGGCUUCAAGUCUCUAAACAAAUUGCAGUAUUUGUCUUUGGCAAACACAGGUGUUUAUCAUUUAAGUGAGUCAAUGUUUAGUAAUAAUCUCCCAAGAAUCAUUGAUUUACAAGGGACUCCUUUCGCCGCGAGAUUUGAACCGCCAUUAAGAACAGUUAGAAACGACGCUGUGGGUAAUUUACUCAAAAUCGACGAGAUUUUCACGUGAAAAAUCAUUCGUUUUCGUGAUGAUUAGCAACAAGCAAGUGAGGUUAUUUGCAUGCAAGCAGUUCGUAUGUCACAUCCUUUUUUAACUACCUUAUGUGAAUUUUAAGUCAACUUUGCAUAUUAUUAUCUUUAUCUCCUUCCUGUAUAGCUAAUAGUUAGAGAAUAUGCAAAAUACGUAUCUAUUUAUAUUCAAGCCAUCAGAAUCACCCUUACUGUACUUUUAUUUCUAACAAUUUUCUCAGAGAAGCAGCUUUGUGAUGUAUUAUCUAGUUUAAACUAAGUGCAACGAUGGCUGUUUUUUAUUGUUACUAAAUAAAAGUACAGUAUUUUUGACAAGUUUGGAGGUAGUCAGUGUUAUUUGUCAUCAGGAUACCGGUAUAACAUAAUCAUGGGUAUUAUUCUAGCGUUUAUGUGUACUAAGAUUAGAUAAAAUAUAUAUAGUUAAGGAAAAUUACUACCUACGUUAAGUACAAAGAUUAAUGUAAAGUUCGUGUGUACCUGAAUAGUGUGUAAUAAGGUUAAUUUUAUAAUAAACAUU